AAUGUCACCUUUUUAGCAUAGAUUAGUGGAGACAUAGGUGCUUUUAACCGGAUGUUUCAGUAGUAGGUACAGCUUUCGUUCCAUUUGCGUGGAAAACCACUUAAACGCUAGAAUCUCAGACACGAACCUCGUCUGUUCGGAAUCAACCGCAAAUUUGACCAUAGUUUCCAGCGAAACCUUUAGCUCUGGUCUCUCGAGAUUUGUGUUGUUCAUUUUCUUGGCGGGGGUCUGACUGAUUUGGAAAUUUUAACAGUCUAAAGAAAGGAGAACCCCUUGUGCAUUUUUCGCUCUAGGUGAUGAGUUCAAGGAGCUGGAAGACUGAAUCAGUGCAGAGUAGAAAGCCGGAUACGUCAUGGUAUUACGACUUCAGUGAACCGAUUGAAAACGACAGAACGAGAAGUACCAACACACAGCUGGAAAUUUACCUCACAGAGACGAACAUCAAGAAGGCGACGCUUGAGUUCGAGGAAGUUACGCGUCAGCCCGCGAUAUUCUCCAGGCGGAAAGAUCAUUACUGCUGUCUGUGCUGGUGUUUCUGUUGUUCCUGUGAUUGGUACUGUCCUGCCCGUCGAUUUAGAGUUGGAAGCAUGGAGACAUCACCAAACAAUAAAUACAACCCCAAACCGAGCAGAGAGGAAGUCCAAGAAUGGGGAAUAAGUUUUGAAAAACUACUCACGAGCAAAACUGGUGUGAAAAUCUUCCAUGAUUUUCUGAAAUCUCAAUACUCAGAGGAAAACUUGUUGUUUUGGCUGGCGGUGGAGAAACUCAAGAAAGAAACAGAUCAGGCGGCCGUCAAAGAACUCGCACAGUCCAUUUACCGUGAUUACCUAUCAUCGGAAUCUCCUAAAGAGGUCAGCAUUGACCACAAAACUCGGCAGCUGAUUGAAGACGUGUUGGAGGAACCCGAUCAAACAGUGUACGACAAUGCUCAGCGUCACGUGUAUUACGUCAUGUAUCAGGACUGUUACCCAAGAUUCAUAGUGUCGAACGUUUUCAAGGCCCUACUGAUGGCUAACGACUGAUCACGUGAUUUUGAAUAGUAUCUAGCUUAUUUUCUGUUGAGUAGAUUCUGCGAUCGAUGGUACGAUUAGAUGAAAAUACAAAGUAAGGGACUCGUUCUUCUCGGUUUUUUA